AAACAUUAAACACAACGCUACGCGACACAACUGCGUUCAACAACACCAACACGACCUCGAUCACGUCUACCCGGCACAUAACAAAUUAUUGUACUAUUAUUGUUGGCAGGUCGUUUGUUAUUGUUGUUGUUACUGCGUUGUUGCUAUACCGUCGACCACCACUGCAUCAUAAACGUCCGGGUUCCCGUCGCCCCGUCAGUCCUUUACUCCGAUUCCGUCAGUAACGACACUAACCGCACAGUACAUUGCCACGCACCACCACACUGUUCAGUAAAAAUCGCUUUGGUCCACGUUGUACGUUCGCCGACAAUAAUUGCCCCUAAUAGUCACUGCUGCGCAUAAUAAUUUGCCAUCGCCAUGGAAGACGAAUCCAAACUUAAAGCCGGACAUGCCCAAGCAGUAAAAGCCGGUGGCAUGCGCAUCGUGCAGCACAAGAACGUCAACUCGACCGCCGACAAGAACUCGGCAGCCGAUGAAGCCAACUCGGUAUUGAAAGUCUCGACUAGUCCUCCCAAGCAAUCGGUGGUACCGGUCCACGCUCACAACGAUUAUCCAACUCAGGCCGUCCAAAAGACUCACGAAAAGCCGAUGCCCACUCACGAGAUGAGACAACACACGUGCACGAAGCCGACCAUCCAUCAACCACGCAAAUGAACGCCAUCGCUGCAACGUUGACGCGCACACAAGACUGGGUUCGGGGAUGCACGUCGUUCGACGUGUUCCCGGAUUAUUCUUAUUCUUUAUUAAAUAUUAUUACGAUUCUAUUACAUUCAAAACUAAAAUGAUUUUUAGCCACAAGGCUUAAGUUUUUGCAUUUACUUUAUGAUAUAUAAUUUUUCAUCGUUUUUUCCUCCUACCUAUAACAUUUCUCGUGUUUUCAUUCCAUUACUAUAUAUUAUUUUAUAUCUAUUUCUAUAUAUGUAUAGCCGUUAUUGUAUUUUGGGAUGUUAAUUUGGCGUCAUUUUCGGGAAUAAAUGGGUUAUGGAUUGCGAUUACAUUUCACAUAAUCAAAUCCAGAUAAAUCUAUUGAUUUUAUUUAUAUAAUUCUAUUUUAAAUAAAGUUUUUUUUUUCCAA